AGCCACUCCCUCACGCUGCUGGCCCCUUCAGCAUGGACCCAGACACCAGCUCCACCCUCGAAAAGUCCCCCGUCCCGCUCAGCCCCGCCUUCUCUGAGGAGGAGGCGUUGGCCGCGACGCGCACGGUUGCCUUUGACUACCACGACAAUGGCGACAUCAGCGAGGAGAAAGUCCACCACGGCCACCUCCGCCCGCGUGGGGUCGAGAUGAAGCGCGAGAUGACCAAGGAAGACAAGGAGCUCGCCGCCGCCGGCUACGAGCACCUCGACGAGCAGAAGGUCAAGGGCAAGAAAGGCGAGCCCUCAGACCUGGACAAGGUCGACAUCCAAGAGCACCAUCUCGCGUUCCCCGAGCUCUCCAAGGCUCUCGAGGCCACCAUCGACACAAAGGACCCGGGCUCGUCAUACGGUCUCACGUCCGAGGACGCGAAGGCACGGCUCGCACGCGAUGGUCACAACAUCCUCACGCCCCCGAAGAAGAAGUCGGCCCUGCGCAAGUACAUCGACUGCCUCAUUACCAUGUUCAACAUCCUGCUGAUCAUCGCCGGCAUCUUGGAGUACGUGCUGCUGGGAAUUAACUUCAAGGACAACUUCGCGAACACGUAUCUCGGUGGAAUCCUCAUCGCUGUUGCUUUCCUAAACGCGUUCAUCGAAUUCUAUCAGCUCCAGAAGUCCGAGGCCAUCCUGGCUUCUUUUCUGGCGAUGAUCCCGCCGUCGUGCCGAAUCGUCCGCGACGGUACCCUGACCUCUAUCCCCGCCGCAGACCUCGUAAAGGGCGACAUCGUUCUGGUGCGCGUAGGCGAUAAGACGCCCGCCGACCUCGUGUUGUUCGCGUCUACGGAUUUGAAGGUCGACAACAGCAGUCUGACCGGAGAGUCCGAACCGCAGGAGCGUUUCGCCCUGCCGAACGGUACGCCUGCGCGACCCGUGGAAGCAGAAAACUUGCUUUUCAAUUCUACGCUCGUGGUCAAUGGCGAAGGCUGGGGCAUCGUCGUGCGCACUGGUGACCACACCCUCAUCGGUCAAAUUGCGGCCCUGACGGGCGGCGAGUCCGGAAACCAGAGCCCACUGGGAAAGGAAAUCGGGCGCUUUGUCAUGAUGGUCUCGGGCAUCGCCAUCUUGUUCGCUGUCGUGUUCUUCGUCGUCGGCAUUACGACUGCCUACAAGGGCAAGGCUGCCCAGACGGUCACUUUUGCGGUCUCCAUUCUCGUCGCUUUCGUCCCCGAGGGAUUGCCGUCGGUCGUCACGCUGCUGCUGUCUAUCGCAGCCAAGCGCAUGGCGGCGCAGAAUGUUCUGGUCAAAGAUUUGCAAGGUGUCGAAACCCUGGGCUCGUUGACCCUGUUGGCUACCGAUAAGACGGGAACGUUGACUAGGAACCAGAUGACGGUUACUAACAUCUGGAGCGGAGAAAAGAUGUACUCGGCCUUCCAGUCCAAUAACGACAGCGCGGAGACAACAUCGUUCUCCAUUGACGCAGGUGGCAUGCGCGAAACCGUGGACAUCGCAGCCCUCAACUCGCGUGUCAAGUUUGACAGGACAGACGUUCCAUUCGAACAGCGUGCGAUCCUCGGUGAUGCUACGGAGACAGGCCUCAUUCGUUUCGCCGGUCGGUACCUCCAGGACUACGACGAGCAUCAGAAGAAGCACCCCAAGGUCUUCGAGAUCCCGUUCAACUCGACGAACAAGUGGGCCCUCGUCAUCCUCGAUAAGCCCCACAGCGAAGGUGUGCUCACCGCGUACAUCAAAGGCGCGCCCGAGCGCGUCCUCGCCAAGUGUUCCACGUACCUCAAGGACGGCCAGCAGCUCCCGAUCUCCGACGACUUCCGCAGGGAGUACGAUGAAGCGUACAACUACAUGGCCUCGCGUGGACACCGUGUCAUCGCAUGCGCCCAGCGUCUCCUGCCGUCGCCCGACUACGACCAGACGACGGCCUUCUCGAAGACGGACGCGCAGUACCCGGGCACGGACUACUGCUUCGUCUCGCUGACGUCGCUCGAGGACCCGCCGAAGCACGGCGUGCGGGAGGCGAUCGGCACGCUCCGCCUCGCGGGCAUCAAGGUCAUGAUGGUCACCGGCGACCACCCGAAGACGGCGGAGGCGAUCGCGCGCAAGAUCAACCUCAUCAUCAGCGACACGAAGGAGACGCUGAGCACGAAGACGGGGCGGCCGAUCGAGGAGAUCUACGAGGACGAGGUCGACGCCGUCGUCGUCCACGGUGACGACAUCGACGGCCUCCAGGGCUGGCAGUGGGACCAGAUCUUUGCGAAACAGGAGAUCGUCUUCGCGCGUACUUCGCCGCAGCACAAGCUUGAGAUCGUCAAACGUGCUCAGGCCCUUGGUCACAUCGUUGGAGUGACCGGAGACGGCGUGAACGACUCGCCUGCUCUGAAGAAGGCCGAUCUCGGUAUCGCCAUGAACAUCUCAGGCUCAGAUGUCUCCAAAGAGGCAGCGAACAUGAUCCUGCUCGAUGACAAUUUUGCGUCUACUGUCAAGGGUGUUGCGGAAGGACGUCAGAUCUUCGUCAACCUUAAGCGUUCUAUCCAGUACACCAUUUCUCACAGUACACCGGAGGUUAUUCCGCAACUGCUCUAUGUUGUCGUCCCUAUCCCUCUGCCGCUGCCCGCUAUCCUUAUCUUGGUUAUCGAUCUCGGGUUUGAGCUGUUCGUUGCUCUUUCGUUCGCUUGGGACAAGCCGGAGACGGUGGAUGGCCUCAUGAGAAUGUCGCCUCGGAAGCCCGUCAACAACCACACCAUCCUGACUCGCAAGAAGAAGGCCCUGCGGCGCACUAAGACCUUACUCCGCGACCCAGAGACGGACGAAAUUAUCCCGCCGUCCCGCCUGUCCGUCUGGAUUUCGAAACUGCAGGCGCCGUUCACUCGUGCCUUCUGGGAGGAUCGCUUUGAGCGUAACGACGACGAGACCCUUGUCGACGUCAAGCUGCUCAGCUACUCGUACCUGGAAGCCGGCCUCAUCGAGACCAUUGGAGCUUUGGUCGGCUACUUUGUCGUGUUCUUCAAAAGUGGCUUCUCACCGGCCGAUCUGCGCAGAGCCCAACUUGCUGGCACCUACUUUGAGAAGUCGAGUCCUGACUUCACCAACAACCGCGGGCAGGUGAUCGGCGCAUCCCAACAGGUCGACGCCCUCGCGAAGGCCCAGUCCAUCGUCUACCUGUCGGUUUUCAUUAUCCAGUGCUUCAAUGUCUUCGCCGUCAAGGCCAAGUUCUCGUUCCCCUUUGGGCGCAACGUCGUCGGGAACUACUGGAACUUUGCUGGCAUCGUCGGUGGUGCCUGCCUUGGCAUGUUCAUCAUCUACACCCCGCCGCUGCACGUCGUCUUUGGAGGCACCGACAAGCUCUCGCCCCUGUAUUGGCUCAUCCCCGCCGCAUUCGGCGUCCUGCUACUCGUCUGGGCGAGUAUCCGCGUCGUGUUAAUGAAAAAGAGUGUCGAGAACGCGCGAGUGAAGGACAUCAAGGGUUUGAUGAUGUUCCCGACGAUGCGCACCAUGAGCAUGCGUUCAAAACACUAACACAUGCCGUGACCAAUAUGCGAUGCGGCUUCCCCUCCGCAGAAAGCCCGUCAUCGCCCAAUAUACCUGUACAACAGCCAGAUAUCCCUGCACGAGCACGCUCAUCAUACCUUACGACCCAUCAUGUUCGAUGCGAACGCUAUAUCACCCUUGUAGUCCUGUAAUGAUUUUCCUAUCCCCAUUGCUCCACAAGCACUGGAUCAUGACUAUCAACUGCAUUCUUGUCUGUCACCUUUCAUGUUUGCAAGCUGUCGACGUUGCUCAGUACUCUAAUGCCAAUCCGAUUGUGAU